AUGACUAACCUGCGCCGCCUCACCUUGAUCACCGCCCCCGAGUUCCCGUCAUCCUUCGCCUCCGGCUUGACCGUGGUGACGCGGCUGCGGCGGCUGGCGCUGCUGCAGGUUGGCCUCGGCGUCGGCGCCGUCGAGGCGUUGAAGCGGCUGCAAAGCGCGGUGGCGCGCGCGCUGCCGCGCUGCAGAUUUGAGGCGCUGCCAGACCCCCACGCUUUGCCGUGGGACGCCGACGCUGUCUACGCACGUGGCGCGGCUCCGGCGCGCGCCGCGGCCUGCCGCGGCGACGCGCAGGGGGCGUUCCGGCUGCGCCCGAGCGCCGCCGGCGGGGGGGCCGUGCGCGGGUUGGGCUGCGGCGUGGGCUCGGGCCGUGCCGGGGAGUGCGGCGAUGGCAACGACAGCGACGAUGGCUUGACGAUGUGGGACGCAUCGCCGCGGGUGGACGCGGGCGGGCCGCUGGCAGGCUGCAUGCAGGGGCAGGGGGGCAUGCGGCUGGUCAGGACGAAUUGGCCCGCCUGGUGA